CUGAUUUUGGAGCUGAGACCGAAUCACAGUGAAGGUGUGUGUGUGUUUGUGUGUGUCUGUGUGGCUGGAUAGUGCUCCCAUCUAUGAUCCAUCUCUCCAUCCUCUCUCCUCUGCAUCCAUCCAUCCAUGCCUGCCUGUGAAUGGUAAUCCGGUCUCUCGGUUGGUCGGUCGGUGGGUUUCUCAUUGUUGUCUGUGUCGCCUUCGGUGAAUUUGUUGGGGUUGAGGAGGCACAUGGACCAAAAUACCACACGAGCCAUCACCUAUGCUUAAAGGACAAUCCUAGACUCGUAGACUCGUGCCGUGCAAACCCACUUUGGAUCUUUCGAUCUCCGUGUUAUUCGAUUGUUGAAUCAUGGACGCCUCCUCCUCCUCGUCUUCUUCGUCCCCCGCCCCCGUUCCAGACACGCCUCCUCGCGAUGCCUUUCCCCGUAAUCCCGGGACGGUGGAGGACUUACACAAGCAAUGCUUGAGCCUGUUCCCCAUGUUUUUCGAAGGGGCCAAGGUGCUGGUCAACAAGGGGCUGAACAACAACUUCCAGGUGUCGCACACGAUGACCCUGAGCUCGCAACAACCCUCUGGAUAUCGAUUCGGUGCCACCUAUGUGGGUAGUACCAUGCUCAGCCCCACUGAAGCCUACCCGCUACUCUUGGCCGACAUGGACCCCUCGGGUAAUCUCAACGCCAACAUUAUUCACGCCCUCAGUCACCGCAUCCGAGUCAAGUGCUUGGCCCAGAUCCAGCAGAGCAAGUGGCAGUCCGCCCAGAUCACCACCGACUACAAAGGCGAUCUUUACACGGCUUCCUUGACGUUGGGCAAUCCGGAUCUAAUCAACGGUACCGGGGUCAUGGUGUUGCAUUAUUUGCGGGCCAUCACCCGGAACUUGUCUUUGGGCAGCGAGUUGGCCUAUCAAGCCAGUCCACAACUGCCCGGUGGCCACGUGGCUGUGUUGGCUUUGGCCGCCAAGUACGCCACUGACGAUUUCACCUUGGCGGGCACCCUGGGCAAUGCGGGCUCCUUUCACGCCUCCUUCUAUCAAAAGUGCAGUGACAAUCUCCAAGUGGGUGUCGAAAUGGAAACCAAUUUCAAAAUGCAAGAGUCCACCGCCUCCUUGGGCUACGAGUUCGAUCUAGCUAAGGGCGGCUUUCUCGUCCGCGGCUCAGUAGACUCCAACUUGACGGUCAAAUCUGUGGUGGAGAAGAAGUUAUUGCCGCUGCCGUUUACGUUGGCGUUGUGUAGUAUGAUUAACCAUCGUAAAAAUCAGUUCCAAUUUGGUUGUGGACUCAUUAUUGGUUAGCUCAGCCGUGAUCGUGCCCGUCAACCAAGUCGUCGUGAGUUCCGAAUUCCUUCAGUGAUCCUGCUCCUCCCGUCUGCUCCGCAUUAAACCAGUAGUCCGCGAGCCAGGGUCUCAAAUGUACAUGUGGCCUGAAUCACUCUAAACAAUACACCACCAACUAAGACUGCGUGCACCUGCGAUGCCUACCCGCCUUACGACGACGACCACGACCACCACCCUCGAAUAGACAUUUCCCGUUCAGAUUAGAUUCGUGGCUUAAGAGAAAAGUUAACCGCAUUUCCGCCAAGAACAAAUGAAACACACAAGAACAUUGAUAAUUUUAUUACAAAAAAAUUCCCGAGUCCCGAGCUCGGCUCAGGCAUCCUAAAUAAAUCCUGACCAUCUCCGUUC